AGUUGAUCCUUGAUCCUAGAUGAUAUUUUUACUUUUAAUGGUAAAAUGAAGCAGUGAUUAGUCCCAAACAUUUUAUAUCUACAUCUGCCAUCCAGAUGGCAUUUUACUGUGAUGAUUCCACAAAGCCAUAUUGUGUAUCCCUUUGUCUCAUUUUCAGUAAACAUGACAGAAGACCCACCAAAGCUCAGCCACGAAGACUUAAAGAGCCACACAAAGGUUUCUCCUAUGUCUCUCUCCCAGCUGAGGGGUGGAGGCUGACGGCCGAUGCCUUUUCUGUGGAGAGGAUGGAGGAAAGAGGGAAUUAGUGGCUAUUCUUCAGUCGGUUUUCGCAGAGAGAGAGAGCGAGACUGAGCGACUUGAUAAUCACAACCUACAACCUCAGCAGGGAGCCUUUUUUCAUGGGGGACCAAACGGCUUAAAAUGACUCGGGGAGUGAAUCUGCUGCGCGAGGCUUGAAUCCACCUAGAAACCCCAUGGAGCAGGAUGUGGAGAGCCCGGCCUACAUCAAACAGCCCAAAUUGCCAAAGCAGGCCCGUGAGGACCUGCCUAAAAAGCUGGCAGAAAUGGACAGAGCAAAGAGGAUCCAGCGGUACGUCCAGAAAGACGGCAAGUGCAACGUCCAUCACGGGAAUGUCCGAGAGACGUACCGCUACCUGACAGACAUUUUCACCACGCUGGUAGAUCUCAAAUGGAGGUUCAACCUGUUCAUCUUCGUGCUGGUGUACACCGUGACAUGGCUCUUUUUCGGCUUCAUGUGGUGGCUUAUUGCGUACCUCCGAGGCGAUCUGGACCAUUUAGCGGACAACCAGUGGACUCCUUGUGUCAAUAACCUCAAUGGGUUUGUAUCAGCGUUUCUGUUCUCCAUUGAGACAGAGACCACCAUCGGUUACGGAUACAGAGUCAUCACAGACAAAUGUCCCGAGGGGAUCCUUCUGCUUUUAGUUCAGUCGGUGCUGGGAUCUAUCGUCAACGCCUUCAUGGUGGGCUGCAUGUUUGUUAAGAUCUCACAGCCCAAGAAGCGAGCUGAGACACUAGUGUUUUCCACCAAUGCGGUCAUCUCCAUGAGAGAUGGACGGCUGUGCCUGAUGUUCAGAGUCGGAGACCUCCGAAACUCGCACAUCGUGGAGGCUUCAAUCAGGGCCAAGCUUAUCAAGUCCAAGCAGACCAAGGAGGGGGAGUUCAUCCCUUUGAACCAGACGGACAUAAAUGUGGGUUACAACACGGGAGACGACCGGCUCUUCCUGGUGUCGCCGCUCAUCAUCUGCCACGAGAUAAACCAGAACAGCCCCUUCUGGGACAUCUCACAGGCCCACCUGGCCAAGGACGAGCUGGAGAUUGUUGUGAUUCUGGAGGGGAUGGUGGAGGCCACAGGCAUGACGUGCCAGGCGAGGAGCUCAUACAUCAGCAGUGAGAUCAAGUGGGGCUACCGCUUCACACCAGUCCUCACGCUGGAGGACGGCUUCUACGAGGUGGACUACAACAGCUUCCACGAUAUCUACGAAACUAACACACCCACCUGCAGUGCCAAAGAGCUCGCGGACAUGACCAACCGAGCCCGCUUGCCCCUCACCUGGUCGCUGGCCAGUAAGCUGAGCCAGCAGGGGCUGCCGGAGUCAGAGCAGGAGGGUCAGGAGACCAAGACCAGCCUGGAGAACCAGGGGAAGAGCCAGCAGACGGAGAGGAACGGGGACAUUGCCAACAUAGAGAGUGAGUCCAAAGUGUGAGAGAGAAAAUUUGAGGUCCAUAUGAGAUUAUUGUGUGCUGUACGUCUCCUGUUUGGGAUGGACACACAAGCCUGCGGCGCACAGGUGAGAGUUUGAGGACCAAUGAGCACAGUAGACCAAGUAUCCCUGCACCAAGAACCGCUUUUUCUCAGUGAUUUCACAGUUACCCCAAAAACAACAAACCGCGUAGACAUGUGGCCCACCGCUGAACUAAAAACCCUCUGCGGGACGUGCAUGUUUCAAAUAUAAUGUGAUGUCCUCCUGAUGAGAUUCCUAUUAUUUUUUCUAUUAAGAUAUUCCUAGGGGCAUUUGCAUAAGUAUUUUUGUAUAUACUAUAAAAUGUUUUGAAUUCUUUGUUUUGUUGCGGUGUGAAUAUUUGACAGAUGUUUGAUACAAAUUCUUUUAGGUUAGUUCUGUAUAUUCUCUGCCUUACUGUAUGUAUAAAGCUUUCAUUAUUUAAUUUUUCAGAAAUACUAUAUUAGCAUGUAUAAACAUUAUCUGCAGUUAAUUUAUCUUGUAUUGUGUAUAUACUGUAAUGUUAUAAGGAACACACAUCUCAAUGGAUGCAAGACACUAGUUUAAACCAAUGACAAAUACUUCCCCACAUAAUAAAUGUUUGUUUAAGGUAGAACCAAACACUAUGUUUCCUUUAGAAGCCAUGACUUGCUGUUUACAGCCAGGUGACUUCAGACAAUGGCCCUUUAAAAACUGCAUCUCGUCACUUUUGCACAGUGGAGGCCUCUGAUGGAGAACAUCAGUCGCUGUUUCUGUCUCCAGAAAUCCCUCACAUGUCACCUAACAGUAUCAAAAAUUAAUAAACAAUAAAUUGAAUAUUAUGCACUCAAUGAGACUUUUUUUUCAUGUCAUCAUUGCAUCUUAAUAUGUGUUUUAGUGGUGGAAGAAGUACUGAGAUCAUUGUAGUUCUGCAUUUCAAAUAAAUCUUAAGGAAAAUAAGUAUGACAACAAAAUGAACAAAGUAAAAGUUCUCAUUCUGCAGUAAAAUGUACCCUGUAACUGAUACCAUCUGACAUUAGAGGACUGUUGAUACAACGUUUUAUUGUUGCAGCUGGUCGUAGAGGAGAUAGAUUUAUUACUUAGUUAAGUCCAGUGGUUCCCAACCUAGGGUUUGAGACCCUCCAAAGGGUCAUUAGAAAAAUCUGAGGGGUGGCGAUAUAAUUAAUAGUUGAGGAAAGAAGAAAUUCACAAAUUUGUAAUUAUUGUCUGGACUUUUCUAUAAUUUUUGCUUUUUCUCAUUUUAUUUAUUUAUCUAAGAAUAAU